CACCUGAGGAUACUAGAGGGAGGACGAGCCCUUUCAUUCAUUUAGAUAGUUUGUUUUAUACAAUGUUGGACAAUGAAGUGGAACGCAUGGACACAUCAGAGACCCCGUGGGUUUGGUGUUACCUGGCAGACUGUGGAAGGUGGCAUCGCUUUGAGGACGACCCCAAUAACCGCCUCAAAAACGAGGAGCUUGACUCGUAUUACCGACAAAACAAAACUGGAACUUUAAGCAGUAGUUCAUCCAACUGCCGCAUCAAGAUUGAUUUCUCAGCAAUGUUACAGACUGAUCUCACCACAGGAAGAGUCAGAAGAAUCCAGCGCAGCACCUACAUUGAAAGAAGCUGUUCCUGCUUCAGCGCUGCUCCGGUGUUCUGGGACACAGUUGACCCCACGCGUCCAUAUCAGUUAUUCCCUCUGAAUGAACGCACCCCGGAGUACCACACUGUCUCAAGCUACGUGAAGAAAGAUGGACUGCUGGAUAGAUCCAUUCUAACAAUUUAUAGGAUACAGAAUUUGGACCUUUGGGAAAUGUAUUGCAGGAAAAAGAAGCAGUUAAUGAGGAUUCAAGGAGUCAAGGACAUAAAGGAGAGACGACUCUUUCAUGGGACCGAAAAAAAAAAUGUUGACAGCAUUUGCAAGUACAACUUUGAUUUACGGUUAGCUGGACAAAAUGGCAGUUCAUAUGGCAAAGGGAUAUAUUUUGCCAAAUAUGCCACAUUCGCCAACAAAUACAGUAAACGCAGCACGGAUCCGUUUCCGGUGGAUGGCAGGAAAACACAAAGGACACAACUUGGAUCUACUAAAAUAAUGUUUUUGGCUCGAGUGAUGAUCGGAAAAUCAACUGCUGGACAUUCUGACUUCCUAAAACCUGAUCAUGGAUCUCCUGAAAACAUUCAUGACAGCUGUGUGAAUGAUAUCAAUAAUCCUAACAUUUUUGUUAUUUUUGAUCCAAAUCAAGUAUAUCCUGAGUACCUGAUU